AUGUCGCUGCCUCCCGAUUUGAAACUCAUUGCUCCAUUUAUUAAACGCUCAACCGAAUUAACCGCCGUCCAGCCCACCGUGGCGUAUCUGUGCAAGCUGUAUGCGGCAGAGCUGAUUCUGAACAACCAAUUGCACCUGAAGGCAAAGGAUAUCGAAACGUACGCUCUGGGACUGCUGGACGAGAUCGAAAAGGACAAAUUGGCUCUCAAAGAGACGUCCGAGAAGUCGUACAACCUCAUAAACGACCCGGAAUCGAGCUUUAAGCUGGUCUGGGGAUUCGCCACGUCCAUCUUCAACCGGUCGUUCAACGAAAUAGCAAACCAUACGGCCUCGAAGAAAACAGUCGACAACUUCAAAGCAGCGCUCGAUUUCUACCAGGUGCUCAACCUGUGGCCCGAGCAACUCGACUCGCGUCGCGAAGAGCUCGAAAAAAGCAAAAAGUACGCCAAGUUCCACUCAAUGCGUAUUCUCAAAGCGUUGAAGAACAACCAGGACCCCAACGAUUACGUCACCCCGGAGGAGGAGCGCGAGGUGGGGAGCUGGUCGCAGGACCAGCCGCAGGACGACGACGACGACGACGCGGUGUCGCUUCCAGAACCACCGUCCGAGAUCAGGUCGCCCGAGAAGUCGGAACACGCAUCGCCUGUCGCUUCUCCUCCGCUGCUGCCGUCUGCGCCCGACUCGCUCGACGAGUCGCUGAACCUGCCGGCAGCUCCCGCCAUCAUCAAGGAGGAGCCAAAUAAACUGGGAAUGCCAAAGGCCCCCGUCAAGCUGCCGAAACCGUCCCCACCCCAGGCCAAGGCCCCUGAACACCCCCCACUCUCUAAAGAAGACAUCUCCGAGAUGAUCAAGACAGACGAGGUCAUCUCGCAGGCACAGAAACGUGCCAAGUUCGCCAUCUCCGCGCUCAACUACGAGGACGUCGAAACAGCCAUCAAGGAACUCCAGCAGGCUUUGGAGCUGCUCCAAGGUAAAUAA